AUGGCACCGCCAGAAACACACCCACGACCCCCAGAAUGGACAAUCGUCGACUUUGUACAUCGAGGAUACUGGUGGAAGAAUCAUGGCAUAUUGUGGUUGAAUAUUUGCCUUAUUCUACCUCUGCUGACGUCCGCGGUCAAUGGUUUGGACUCCUCACUUGUUAAUGGGCUACAGAUACUUCCUGAUUGGCAAGGAUAUUUCAACUAUCCGACAGGCAAAGUCUUAGGCCUUGUUAACUGCGCGCAGAACAUUGGCGGAUUGAUUGGUCUUCCAAUAACCCCAUUUGCGUCAGACAACCUAGGCCGACGUCUGACGCUAAUCGUGGGCUCUAUCAUCAUGUUAGGCGGAGUUGCCUUGCAGUUUUCAUCAACUACAAUCCAGAUGUUCAUCGCUGCCAGAGUGCUGAUUGGAUUCGGCCUCACAUUCUGUCUGAACGCAGCACCGCUACUGCUUAUUGAACUUUGUUACCCAACUCAGAGAGGGAAAAUAACAUCGCUGUACAACACGACGUGGUACUUUGGGAGUAUCAUCGCUGCAUGGGUUUGUUUUGCCACUUUCAACCAACAAGAGGGAAGUAUGUGGACCUGGCGCAUACCGACGUUAGUCCAAGCGGCUGCCCCCAUUCUUCAAGUUUGUCUAGUUUGGUUCGUACCGGAAAGCCCGCGAUACCUGGUGUCUAAAGGUUAUGAAGGCCAAGCUGCUCGAGUUCUCACCAAGUAUCAUGCCAACGGUGGUAACGAGCACGACCCCCUUGUCGUCUUCGAGCUAGCGCAAAUCAGACAUGCAAUCAGAAUGGAACAGGAGAUCAACAAAAGCACUUCGUACUUUUCCCUAUUUGCUACUCCGGGAAACAGAAAACGCAUGAGAAUCAUUAUUGCUAUCGCUAUUUUUUCCCAGUGGAGCGGGAAUGGUCUCGUGUCUUACUACAUCAACCUUGUGCUGGAAGGUGUAGGCAUUACGAGCACAGAAACCAAAGCUGCUAUCAACGGGGGUCUGCAGAUCUUCAACCUUUUAGUCGGGUUGUCUUCGGCCAUGCUUAUUGAUUUGAUUGGUCGAAGAACAUUAUUCAUUGUAUCGAACUCGGGGAUGUUGAUAGCCUUUGGUCUGUGGACCGUUACGGAAGCACUUUUCAACGCCUUCCAUAAGACAUCUGCAGCUAAAGCGACGAUUCCGCUGAUCUUCCUCUAUUAUCUCUUCUACGACAUUGCGUACACCCCCAUGCUGGUUGCCUACACACUGGAAAUCCUUCCCUAUAAAAUCCGGGCAAAAGGUUUCGCAAUGAUGAACUUCACCGUAUAUGUAACCACCAUUUUUAAUCAGUUCGCCAAUCCUAUCGCCAUUGAAAGACUCGGAUGGUGGUACUAUAUCGUGUACUGCGGUGUCUUGAUAAUCGAACUGGUAUUUGUUGUUUCAUUCAUCGUUGAGACAAGAGGGCGAACGCUGGAGGAAACAGCUGCACUUUUUGAUGGGGAACAGCCCCAACAGGAUUUGGCUAUCACUGGAGGCGAAGCAGCCACAAUGAAUAUAACAACGGGUAGAGGAAAUAUAAUGUCGCAGCGAUCCGUUCAGGUGGUGGUCGUUCAAGAAAUUCACACCACUGUGAGCACUCACAGUAGAGUUGAAAGUAAAAGCAGUAUGUCCUUGGACGUGUACGAGUUGAAUACUUUGAAGCGAAACGCUUCUCCAAGUUCGUAG